GUGGGGAGGAUCAAUCCUAAAAUAGCAGCUCUUUCCUGUAUAAAUCCACAUUUCUUACACCCUUAGGACCAUAAUACAGACCAUAUGGAUGGGACUGUCUGCGUGAAUGUGUGUGUGCUUGUGUGUUUGAGCAAAAGAACAUUUCCAUUAUCCAGCCUUCUUACGGUCAUCAGGAAGAUGUGUUUAACAGAGUGAAAGAUAACAGCACGUCUGUCAAUUGUCAGCCUGGCAGAUGGGUGGCAGCGGCAGGAAAAGCUCAUUCCUUCCCAUCUCUGUGACGCACCACAAUCAGGAGUGUAUCUGCAGGUCACGCAAAGAAGCUCAGGAAUGAAGGACAGUUGUGUAGUGGGAUGAGGGUUCAGGUGACGAUGAGUAGAGUUAUUUGAAGAGUUGUUAUUAAUCUGAUCAGAAAACAUCUACCAGCCCCUUGACUCCAUGUUGGUAGCAGUGAAAGUGAGUACCGUGUAUUUACAAAGUGGCUUUGGGAACCAUUGUCACUAGGUGGUGAACAAUGCAAACGUUAACAAAAAAAGAGAAAGUAAAACAGGAAAUAGCAAUAAAAAAACCUGUUAAAUCUUCACUGAAUGCAACAUUAUAGGACAAAGUGCAUAGGAAACAGGUGGGUUUGCUUCUUAAAACUACUGACUGACAGUGUUUUUUACAACUAGGAAAAGAUGGAUUUAAGGGUGAAAGCCACAGCUGCAACAGUCACAUUUACUUCCAGAUUUAAAGGCUUUAUUGUCGUAAAUCUCAGGCACCUCCAACAAUGCUAGACACAGUAUACCCAAUACAUAAAAAUAAAUAAAAAAGGGCGAGAUUGAUUUACUGCAGGAACAUAAUAUUGCAAUAAUAAAUGCAGGAAUAAUUACAAUAUAUAACAAAUGUCAUAAGAUAAAACAGAGUGUUAAAUGACAUAUACCUUACAGUAGUGUUUUUUAAGUUUUAAGCCAACAUUUUGGUCUAUAGGUCAAUAAACUUAAAUGAUCUCAGCGAGGGAACAUAACAAUUCAGAAAUGUAAAGUGGGGCCAGCCCUUGUUGUGCCUUAUAGGUACAUUAAAACAACUAUGAUUAUGCAUUUCUGUGGGUAACCGAUUGCAUUGUACGUUCUAGCUUCUGCAUUUUUUAAGUAGAACUUCUUGUGCCCAGACACAGUCAAUUUACCAAAUUAGGAAGUAAACACAAAACAUUUCAGCAAGCAUUAGGGAACAAGAAUGCUUUUUUUGUACUACUGUGUUGUGACACAGUCAGUUCUGUAUCAUUCCUCCUUUAUCAUUAAGGCCUCACACCUCAUUGCAUUUCCAUUUCAAUGUGGACGAAUAUCGUUUAAUAGAUACAUCCUGUUACAUUCAACGAUAUCAACAGAGCCUAGAUGUAUUUUGUCAUAAAGAAAUGGUCAAGCUUGCAGAACUCCACCAUUUACAAAGCAAAUAAACAAAUGAGGAAUAUCAACCCUGGAGCACCCACCCAAACAAAAUAGCGCUUCCACAAGGAAGAGGCUACAGGACAGUGUUUACAAAAUCCUCAUUAAGGAAGUUGUGAGAUAACACACGCUCAUGUGCCUCACACAAAGUUAAAGGCACGCACAUGCACGCACACACACACACACACACACCAGCAAAAGAGACCAUAAGCACUGAGCAAUGCAGAGCCCACCAUAUCAUAGAUAAGGGACAAAAAGAAAGAGCUGGGAAGAACAGAGCAGAGCACAGAGAGACCGAGACAGGAGAAGACACAACAGAGAUGACUCGGACGGACAAAGCCAAGCCCUGGCCACCCUGUCACCGGAACUGCAACCCUUUUGCAAAGGACAUCAAAAGGUGUGCAUGAAAUAAAUGCUGUGAGAUCUGGAAGAGAGCAGUCAGUGCGAGGGUCAACACCACUAACGUCUACUGACAGGGAUCUAGACCUUUCUUUGCCUAUAGAUGAACUGACCACAAUUUCGAUUAACAUUUGGAUUAAGGCGUUCAGAAAACACAAUUAUUUUUGUUUUACUGGUGCCUCAGUUUAUCUAACCCCAAAGGGCAUAAAAUAGAAACUUGCAGAUUUUCCCAUGGCGAGCAUUUGGGUCUCUCAACUGGGAACGAUCUGCAGCUCCAAGACUUUGCUGGUGCUGUUUUCCAUCCUGCUGCUCCAGGGGCUCUGUGGACUGAGCAGCCCUAUCUCCAACACCAAUCAGAGGCAUCGGGCAGACGGGCAUGGAGGGGUGGUGGAUACAUCACUGAUGGAGCAGGACAACAACAUAAGCAUGCAGAGCCUGUUGCAGAGCCUGAAGGAACAGUUUCUGCGGACUUUUAAUCUGUCUGGCUUGGAUCCUCAGCCCCUGCCUCCUGGAAGCACAAGGGAAGAGCCACCUGAGUACAUGAUGGAACUCUACAACCGUUUCGCUAAUGACCGCACUGCCAUGCCCACUGCCAACAUUAUCCGCAGCUUCAAAAAUGAAGAUUCAUCUCCUAGUGGUGUGGGUGUUGGAGGAGUGAGGCGUCACCCACUACUCUUUAAUGUGUCAGUUCCCCAUCAUGAACGCAUCACAGCGGCAGAGCUUCGCCUCUACACACUUGUCCAGACUGACCGCCACCUCUAUGCUGGUGUCGACCGAAAGGUGACGAUAUAUGAGCUGGAUUCGCAUAUCGUGGAUGACAACAUGACUGAUAACAAUACUUUGAGAGGAGAUGUAUUGAAAGAGGACGAAGAACGGAUAGAGCUGGUGGAGUUGGCUUCACGGCAGGUCUACGGCACCGAUAACGGCUGGGAGGCCUUUGACCUCACUGCUGCUGUUCAACGUUGGCGUAAUUUGGACUAUGGCACCACGCAUCGGUUGGAGGUGCACAUUGUAAGCAUGGCUAAUGAGGAAAAUGUUCAAAGCAUGACAGAGGACAACAAAGACGGAUUUGAAGGGGAUAUGAAGAUCGACACCAGCCCUGAGGAGAAACACAAACCUUUGCUGAUUGUUUUCUCUGAUGACCAAAGUACCGAUCACCGGGAUGACAAACGCGAGCUGAACGAGAUGAUCGACCACGAAACCUCAAACAUGGUUCUUCAAAAUGACUUGGGCCUGAACGAUCUGUGGGGGGAGCUGGGGAAGGAUGAGGGGGAUGAAGAAUCAGAGCCAGAUGAAGAGGACCUAAUCCAAAUGCGCUCCAAUCUGAUCUACGACACGGCAUCUCGCAUUCGUCGCAAUGCCAAGGGAAACCACUGCAAGAAACAAUCUCUGUACGUAGAGUUCAAGGACAUUGGAUGGGACAGUUGGAUCCUCGCCCCGACUGGUUACGAUGCCUUUGAGUGCACUGGCGUUUGUUCAUUCCCACUGACAAAGCAUGUCACGCCCACAAAGCAUGCCAUAGUCCAGACUCUGAUCAACAUCAACAGCCCUCAGAAGGCUGCAAGGGCUUGUUGUGUGCCCACCAAGCUGGACCCCAUCUCCCUGUUGUACUUGGACGACACAGGCAUAGUCACCUACAAGUACAAGUUUGAGGGCAUGGCGGUGGCUGAGUGUGGCUGCAGAUAGUCCAUGGUUUGAGGGAGUUUUACUCAUCGUAAAGUCUUACAAUAAGAGGAAAGACACAACAAUAAACUGAAAAGAGAGGUUAGCCAAAAAUGUCUGGCAAGAAUCUCUGCACGAGUUACUUAAUGAGACUGGAAUCGUUCAUUCACUAUUUAUGAAACUAUGUGCGCUCUUAAAUUAAUGAUUGUGGAAAAUGUUUGUUUUAAACAGCUUAACAGAAACAGACAGAAUGAAGACAGUCUGCUGCGGAUCAACAGUCAACAUGUUGCCGGUAGGGAUGCCAAGGUGCGUCGUCAUAGAAAGGAAAUGCACAAGAUUUCACAGCCUACAGUCAGGCGGCCUGGUGGGAACCAGCGGGCCAUUCAUCCCCCUCCCUCUCUUUUCCACUGACAUCUGUCUUCCUCUCCACUUAUCUCUGGCCUCCCCACUCGAUGCAAACACUAAUCAGCACUUCAUGUGUCCUGGCGCAGUGGAAUGACCCCCCCUGAGGCAACCUGACAAGACAUGAACUCUGCGGUCCGACCUCCUGCCUCCUGCAGCCUCCUGAUACGUAGGCGCUGUGCAAGGGCUCCUAGUGGCAGGGUUAUCUACCCCAAUGCUGUUUCCCACUUCACAUGCCUCUUUUCCACUCCCCCGAGCUACAGCGAUAGCAAGGUGUGGGGGGUUGAGAAACAACACUCAAUUUGGAGAACUGAACGGCAUUCUGGGCAACUUUUAAGAUGGUGGGAUGGGGGAGUCGGACAGGACAUAGGGGCAGGGGUUGUUCACAUUCCUGGGCAACAAACAAUCUGAACUGCAACUCUGUAAUAUAGCAAUGUGCCGCCAACAUAUCUCCAACUCAUCAUUUGACCCUUCCAUCACUUUUAUGGUAAAUUGCCUUAUUUGGACAGUUAUUAUCUGCCGGCGAAACUCAAGAGUGGACUUGGGGGCACCUAAUUAUGUGACCGUAAUGGAUACAACCCGAAGGAAAUGCAGUCACAGAAAUACUUUGUUUAAAAGACUUUCGAUACCUCUGCUGCUUGUGUCAAAUAACACUAUUUAUUGUUCUAAUUUAUUAUUAUUUUUACAACAGAGUAGAUAACUUUGUAUGUACAUUUGUAAGUUACUUAAUGUUAAGAGGUUAUUUUAUCCGUGUCAAUGCCUUUGCAGAAAAAGGUUGAAUUCUGUUGGGAAGAGAAAUGGUAACAGUUUCUUAAAACAAUAAAUAUUUAACAUAUCCAACAUGAACAGUCUCCUUAACUGUGAACUAAACCCUGAUCCCUACUGUUUCUUUAAAGGAAAUCACCCUAGAAAUGUCAUUAUCUAACAUCAAGGUAAAUGUUAAUAUUGUGGGUCAAAUGCCACGCUAAUGUUGUUUUUCAGUUAUUUUUUCCACAUUAUCAAUCAUAGCAUCUUGUCCUGUCAACUUUCCUUUCUAUUAUUUGAAAAAGAAGCUGAUACAAUGCAUUGCUGACAUUCAGAUCAUUUAGUCCGACAGUAUCAGCUCACAGGUCAUAGUUCAUACAUGACACACAAACAAAGAACCAUGGGAAACUGAGUGGAGUGGCUCGCUAAUGAACAACAUGGAUGGCUGACAGCUAGCAGAUGCAGACAGCUUUGAUGGAAAACCUGUUCGCAAAAGGGAAAAUGUGAACGAAAAACCAAAAAAAUAUCCAGUAUCUGCUUCAGUUUCCCCAGUUUUUUCUAUGAAAGUGAACUAGCUUGUAAGGGCAUAGUGUUUUUCCUUUUGUGUACCAACAUACAUUGAAGAUAAAUAAAGAUUCAGAUCAGA